AUGACAGUUCUAUAUUUUAAAAGCUUUCUUUUCUUUUUAAGUGGCAAUUAUAUAAGUCGGGGCUCCAGAAGAUUAAGCUCCUGUAGGGUUUACUUUGUUUUGCAAGAAGAGGAGGAGGGAAGAUUGUUUUUCCACCAGUAUAGACUUCACAAGAAAGUGUGGUUCACUGGUUUUUCUAACAUAUCCUUGUCAGCAAGAAUCAUUCCUGGUGGUUUGAAGGACAGGUUGGAAAGGCACCCCAACCCCCUUUACAGGCUAGGUCCUAGUUCAAGGGCUGUUUUCCCCACAACUGAGCACUGA